CGAUUAUUACGCGCGACCAAAUGCAAUAUUGUACCCUUGUUUUAUUUCGAAUCUGCAAUUAUCCUCUUUUAUCGAUGUUUCCUAUUUUUUAGGUUGGAUAAAAAAAGCUUGUCAGGCAUGGGAACGAUUUACAUUUCUCAGUUUUACUCACUUAUUUCAACACAUCUCACUUUUUCUGACUUUUAAGAAAAUUCAUUUCAACGUACAAAUUAAUUGGAAAAGACUCUCAUCACUCUUUUAAAAGCUGACUCACUAUUUUCACACAUUUUCAAGAAUGAUAUUCACUCUUCUCGCUGUUUGUGACAAUUUAGCCGCUCCCAUGCCUGGAGGCCUGUUCAUUUUAGCUGAACUAAUGCUGCAUUCUCUCUGGAGAACCUUGUUCCUUUCCCCUUCAACGGCUAGAUCGUGCACUUGUUUCACUCAAGAGGCAAAAAAUGCAGCCUAGUUCAGUUUAAAAAGAAUAGAUCUCAUGGCAUGCUCUAGUAAUUCUCGAGAACAAUAAAAGCUCGACGUGAGUUUCUCGCGUGCACACGAACAGAAGAUCACCGUAACGUUCGCUAAUGAGAUAAAAACGAAUGCGCGUUGGCGGCUUUCAGCGUGCAUAAGUUAAUGACAGCAUAACGGUGUUCAUUAUUGCAAAUGUAUUACUCCGGCAACUUCAAUUUCAUUCCAUCUUCAGCUGACGGUAAGCCGGCGGAUCGUUACAAGGGUCAGCUCAGUUUGCCUCCGCCGCGCAAUAAGUCGAGUGAGUACUCGGUAUCUUCCGCCGACUUCAUGGCUUCACCAUGCGUACAGAUCGCGGUGCGUUAACUGACAAAACAUUAAUUAUGCGUGAAGCUUGUUUUCCGACGAUCUGAAACCUCAUCACACUUGUAAAAUACUCCGAACAUUUUCCUUCUUUUUCUUUUUUGCUCGAACAAUCAAUAAAUGGCUGUAAAAUUAACGUGACGAUCAUGAGAAAAACAGGCUAAAAAGGAAGAUUAUGUGCCAUGUUAAUUUUAUGAUUAUUUAUCGAUGGUUAGAGCAAAGGGAAAGUUACCGAAGUGUUUUACAAAUAUGCUGAAUCGAUCACAAAUGUAUUUUGUGAGUGUAUCUUUUAAUUCGAACAUAUACUUCCUCUGCAAGAAUUCUGAGUAACAUCAUCAAAGAAGACGACUGCAAUAGCAGGCCAAGAGUUUUAAAAGGGUGUAUUGCCCAUAACUCGGAAUAAUAAAAAAACACUAGAAAAAGUUACAAAAUCAUCUACAUUGCAUUUAAAUGUGAUAUCAAAAGUUGAUAUGCCACUAAUGGACAAUACAUCCUUAAAAGGAUAAAGAAAGACCUAAUCAUUAUUGUGAUUACAGUCGUUUGUAGCGGACAAUAUGCAGGUUGACUCGGACCAAGCGAGAACUGCCGGCAUUUUGAGACUAGACAAAAUAUCACGCCCCUCCGAACGUCUCGAAACAUUUUCCUCACUAACGAAUACGCAGGUGGGCCCGUCAUCCCCGUCGCAGCCGCAACCGUCGCCCAGUCGACAGUCGGUUACGUUUGCUAUCGUCGAGAGUCAGUGCAACGAAGAUUUCGUCGAGAACGAUCAAAGAUCGCGAGUAAUCGCGAGCGCGGAAGUGCGGCCCAACGACGAUACGCGUGUUUCCGUUACUGGGCAAAUUAUUAAAGAGAUAACGGCGGAGCCGGGUGAAAAUUCACAAAAUCUGGCGUCAAUGGAGAGAUCAGCCGUGGACGGCGAAAUGAACAGCAACGAAAAUGAUUACUCGGCGUCGGUCUGCGCGAUUAUUCAGAGACGGAGCUCGACGCGCCGGCAGAGUCGGCGGAGACGACGUCCGUCGUCUCCGUUUGGUCCCGACGUCGACAACGUGACGCGCCGUCGAUCCUCAGCUUACACCACGAGCUCCGGAGACACGAUCAUUUCGAUGGAGGAGAGCGGUAAUCAAGAACAGAUCUUCGAGAAUCUCAAGCUGCACAAGGAGGUUCUGAGCGGCGUGAAACAACAACCCUGGCCGCUUCGGCGUAAGAUCAAGCUUGUACGACAAGCCAAGUCUUACAUAAGACGACACGAAGGUGCUCUGCAGGAAAGGCUCGCCCAAAGCCGCAACACUAAAGAUGUCAUUGCACGUGUCUCGCUUUUCAUGACCAAGAAAUGGCAAUAUUUCCGGCGCGAGCUGAUCAAUCUUCAAACAUGGCUGAUACCGUGGGAAGUGCGCAUCAUGGAAAUAGAAUCUCACUUCGGAUCUGCCGUUGCGUCCUACUUUAUAUUUCUCCGUUGGCUGUUUUGGAUUAAUUUAGUCAUAGCAGCCACCCUCACGGCAUUCGUGGCUAUGCCUGAGGUGCUGACCGCAAAUGCAACGCUCGCCGGCGAAAGAAAGAUUAUGCUGAGGGAGGAAAGAGUCAAGUCGAAGCAAUUGUUGACGUUGUGGGAAUUCGAGGGAGUACUGAAGUACUCUCCGUUUUUCUACGGAUGGUACACGAAUCAAGACUCGUACGGCACUUACAGAUUGCCUUUGGCGUACUUUGUCACUAAUCUCGUCGUCUACACGUACAGCUUCGUCGCAAUUCUGCGCAAAAUGGCGGAGAACUCGCGAUUGAGCAAACUGACCGAGAAGGAGGACGAGUACGUCUUCUCGUGGAAACUUUUCACAGCAUGGGACUUCAUGAUCGGCAAUCCAGAGACUGCUCACAAUCGCACGGCCAGCAUCGUGCUCGGCUUCAAAGAGGCCUUGCUGGAGGAAGCGGAAAAAGAAAAGGACGAGAGAAAUUGGAAAAUCAUAUCAAUGAGGAUAUUCGUGAACACAGCGGUGCUGUCGUUACUCGCGUUGUCGGCGUUCGCCGUGGUCAAAGUAGUCGAACGAAGCACUACGGAGCUCGACUCACACAAUUGGUGGCGCCAGAACGAGAUCACGAUCGUGAUGUCUCUGAUUACAUACGUCUACCCGAUAUUCUUCGAGAUCCUUGGUUUCCUCGAGAAUUAUCAUCCCAGGAAGCAGCUUCGGAUACAAUUGGCGCGAAUCAUGGUCUUGAACUUGCUAAAUCUCUAUUCCCUGAUAUUCGCGUUAUUUAAUAAAAUCAGCACUAUGAAACACGAUCUCGAUGAUCUCAAGCCGAAGUCAAAGACGAAUUGCGUACAUAUAGAGGUACCAUGUGAUAAUGAACUAACAAGUACAACGCAACGAAUCACAACGUUAGCUUCUCUAAGUCUCGUUUUAAUAAGCAACGUUACCCACUCUUAUGUGAAGAGAGAGAUCUCCGAGCAAACACUACCAGACAUCGGGCGAGAAACGUUUCUUCUCACUCCUCCUGCGAAUCCGAUGUACGAAGAGUUCAACGAUACGUCCAACGACAAUUACGAAGAAGAUUACGAUCCGGAUUACGAUUAUUACGAUUUGCAUGAAACUUCAGAGACGAAUAACAUUGAUGAAUCUUAUACCACGUCCUAUUAUUAUAAAGAAGAGAAUGGCACUCAGCGUGUGAGCAACAGCGAGACAUUGUACGACACGAGUUCGACUAUAACCGCCAAUUUCUCGUCUGACUCGACAACCAUCGAAAAUUCCUACAGUUCUGCUGGCAGUUCUAUUUUGUCGCAGAGUGAAACUGUGGGAUCGACAACCAUUGCAUCGGAUAAAAUAGAAGUUGCAGAUUCAUCAGAGACCACUGACAUCGUUGAUAUUACCGAAGGGUCAACGGUUGUUGCUUUAUUGACUACAACUAGCGAGGAAUCUCCUGUUAGAAAGUUUAACGUUACAUCUACAACGGUAGAUGUCACAUCUACAGCGACGUAUAUCCCGGAAAUUAACACUUCUACGGUACAAUCAAAUGAACAUGCAAAUUCACCCGCUAAAGAAAACUACGUGAUAAAAAAAUGUUUCGAAAAAAUAUGCACUACUACGCUGCCAAAUAAUUUAGCUAAGUCCCUGAAACAAUUGGAUUCAAAGACGCGGAGGAAGUUACGUCGGUUAUGCUGGGAAACUAUGUUUGGCCAGGAACUUGCCAAGCUCACUGUCAUGGAUUUGAUACUUACCAUACUGGCGACCCUCAGCAUGGAUUUCUUUCGCGCCGUUUUCGUGCGUUUUAUGAACAGCUGCUGGUGCUGGGAUUUGGAGAAACAGUUCCCGCAAUACGGUGACUUCAAGAUAGCGGAGAAUAUCCUUCACUUGGUGAAUAAUCAAGGCAUGGUCUGGAUGGGCAUGUUCUUCAGUCCUGGUCUAACUGUGCUGAACCUCUUCAAGCUCGGCAUUCUAAUGUACCUACGUUCUUGGGCUGUUCUAACAUGCAACGUGCCUCACGAAGUGGUUUUCAGAGCCUCCAGAUCUAAUAAUUUCUACUUCGCGCUUUUACUGACGAUGCUGUUCUUAUGCGUGUUGCCGGUCGGCUUUGCCAUCGUCUGGGUCGAGCCUUCGUGGCAUUGUGGUCCAUUUUCCGGUUAUCAAAAAAUUUACAACUUAGCAACGAAGAGCCUAACAGACUCGCUUCCGGUGCCAAUUCGACGAUGUCUCGACUACAUUGCAUCACCUGGUAUAAUAAUACCACUGAUCGUCCUGAUGACGUUGAUCAUUUAUUACAUGUCAUCUCUUGUUGGAUCCCUGCGAGAAGCGAAUAACGAUCUGAAGGUGCAAUUGAGACACGAGCGUACGGAGGAACGUCGCAAAUUGUUCAAAAUAGCGGAGAAGAGGCAGAACGUUGCUGAAACCCCACUAACGAGAUGGAAAAAGAUUCUCCCGGCGCUGCCGCAGGCCACAGCGGAAAUGAUACGAAAUUCGGAGGCAACUCAGAGGGACGACGUACAAAUCGCUAUCGGGAACUUGAACGAUACAGCGGGGAAGAAACGAUCGACGGCUGAUAUCGAGCAAGAUUCGUUAUUUCACGAUGAAAAUCGGAACGAAGGGGAAAAUGACUCGAGAUUAAACGACACAACGUACAGAAAGAGGCCAAUAAGCUUCGUCGGACCUUCCUGGGAUUCGCAGUCGAGCGAACAGGUCGUUGUGCCGGAAAUUCAAUUGAACAACGAAGAUAUAAUGGUAUGCAACGAUAUUCAAAGUUCUAUUGAAUUAAACGACGUAGUGCUCGACAGUUACGACAAAGAGAAGACGUAGAGUGACAUAGCGUGAGAGUAAAAUCAAUAUAUAAAAAAUUUAAACGAUCGUAAAAUUAGUGUUCUCUACAUUAUCUUAAUUCGACGAGAAUCAAAGUAGGGGGGGCACAUGAAGACACCGUGUGAUUAAUACGUUUAUUUUUGCAAACAAACACAGUGUAAAAUAUUUAUAAACAUUUGUAAACAAUUGUGUGAUAACGAUGUGAGAAACAACUAUCUCCGAAAAACGAUCGCGCACCGUGCACGCGGGAUCACACUUCGAUUGAGCAUUGGCACGUUCCUCUGUACACUUACUUUACUAUGAAAUAUUGUGUGUGCGCGCACGCUAGCAUAUAACACUGGGAUCGUUUUUUCUAAUAUUGAGUUGUUUAAAAAUUUAGGACAUAUAGGUACGUAUACUAAUUGCAUAUAUCUCUUAUGUAUAAAAAUAUAAACUCAUCACCGACAAACGUAUAAUUAAAAUUUUUGCGUUAACAUGCGUUAUUUACGUGCGAUUCUUCCAGCUUAAAAAUAUACACAACGCUUAAAGUGGUGGAAAUAAUUAAGGAAGUUCAAGAAUCGACCGCGGCAAGGAAAGUUAUUACUUUGUUAGAGCGCGGUUCUGUUACAGUUCAUCUUUGCGUUCGACAUGCUGCGGGCGUUUCUUCUUCGCGUUCGCCAAUAAAUAUAAAUUUCCCUCGCCGUGUUUACCGUUCAUACGAAUCACGGUACACACACACACACACACACACACACACACACACACA